AUGACUGUCUCCCAAACUAUCCGUGUCGGUGUCAUCUCUGGCUCCACGCGUGUCGUCCGUGCCGGCCCUCAGAUCGCUGCCUGGGUUCGCCAAAUCAUCGAAACAGACCUCAAACAAACACCUGCGCCGGGCGGCGUCGCCCUGGAGUUUGAGACCAUUGAUCUCGGCGCCAUGGGCCUCCCGCUUCUGGACGAGCCGGGUAUCCCCGCCCAUAUCGGCACCGCCGACGGCUACACCCACGAGCACACCCGCGCCUGGUCGCGCCAGGUCGCAGCCUUGGACGGCUUUGUUUUUGUCACGGCGCAGCACAACUGGGGCAUCCCCGCGGGCCUCAAGAAUGCGAUUGACUAUCUGUACAACGAGUGGCGGGGGAAGCCGUUUAUGGUGGUGACGUACGGCGGCCACGGCGGCGUCCAUGCGGCGGCGGCGCUGCAGCUGGUGCUCGGCGGCGGCCUCAAGAUGCUGGCCCUGAAGGAAACCGUGAACCUGACGUACCCGGGCAAGGACGUGUUUGAUAAGUGCACCCGGGGCCAGCCGCUGGGCCUUCCGCCGGCCGGCACGGCAACGAUCUGGCAGGAUCGACAGGAGGACAUUGCCAAGACAUGGCGCGAGUUGGCAGCCACGUUGGCGAAAAAGGCCGAGAAGGCUACGUGA